AUGUCAACCAAGCAGGGGGCUCCCAGGACUGCCGUCGUAGUCGGCGCCGGCGCAGGAGGCAUCGCCACAGCUGCCCGCCUCGCCAAAGCCGGCUACAGUGUGACGGUCGUGGAAAAGAAUGACUUCACCGGCGGCCGUUGCAGUUUUCUCUAUUCCUCACCCUCUCAACCUGAAGAGUCUGGCUCGGGAGGGACGUCAGGUCGAUACCGCUUCGACCAGGGCCCGUCGUUGCUCCUCCUCCCAAACCUCUUCCGUGAGACCUUUCACGACCUGGACACCAGCCUGGAGGACGAGGGUGUCGAGCUGCUGCGGUGCCCGGAAAACUACCAGAUCUUCUUCCACGAUGGCCAAGUUUUCAGGCCGACCACAGACCUUGCCCAGAUGAAGCGCCAGAUCGAGCACUAUGAGGGCAAAGACGGCUUCGAGCGGUACCUGGGCUGGAUGGCCGAGUCGCACCAGCAUUAUGAGCUGAGCGUGGAACACGUCCUGCACAAGAACUACGACAGCAUCACGACGGUGCUGACACCCUUCUUCGCCAGGAUGGCACUCAAGCUACACCCCUUCGAGAGCAUCUACAGCCGGGCAAGCAGGUACUUCCGCUCCGACAGGCUCAGGAGGGUCUUUACCUUUGCGACCAUGUAUAUGGGAAUGAGCCCGUUCGACGCGCCCAGCACCUACUCCCUAUUGCAGUACACCGAGGCCGCGGAGGGGAUCUGGUAUCCCCGCGGGGGUUUCCAGUCCGUCCUGGCCAGGCUCGUCGACGUGGGCGUGCGGCUGGGGGUGACAUACCGGCUGUUUACACCGGUGACCAAGAUCCUGACGACGCCUGACGGGACUGCCGCGGCAGGUGUGGUGCUCGAGAGUGGCGAGACCUUGCGGGCCGACACGGUGGUCGUCAACGCGGAUCUUGUAUAUGCUUACAGCAACCUGUUCCCGUCCCCUAGGGACAGGGAGAACGGCCUGCUCAAGAGUGCCACCAGCAAGAUCAUCGACAACUACGCCAGGUCCCUUCGGAGGCGAGACGCGUCCUGCUCUUCAAUCUCCUUUUACUGGAGCCUCUCGCGCAGGAUCCCGGAGCUGGGGGUGCACAACAUCUUCCUCGCGGACGAGUACAAGGACUCUUUCGACGCAAUCUUCAAGCGGCAGACCCUCCCGGACGACCCGAGCUUCUACGUCAACGUGCCCUCCCGCAUCGACCCGAGCGCGGCGCCCGAGGGUUGCGACGCAGUGAUCGUGCUUGUGCCAGUGGGCCACCUGCUGCGCUCGCAGGGCAACGAGGGCGAGACGGCGGCCGAGGAGCACGACUGGCCGGCGGUGGUCGCCCGGGCGCGUGAGGCCGUGUUGCGCACCAUAUCAGAGCGCGCGGGGUGCGAGUCGCUCCAGAAGUACAUUGUCGACGAGAUGUUUAACACUCCCUACACCUGGGAGGAAAAGUUCAACCUGGACAAGGGCGCAAUCCUUGGCCUGAGCCACAACUUCUUCAACGUGCUUUGCUUCCGGCCCACCAUCAGGGCCAAGGGGCUCAAGAAGGCCUACUUUGUGGGUGCGAGCACGUACCCCGGAACGGGGGUGCCCAUCGUGCUGGCAGGUGCCAAGAUCACGACGGAGGAGAUACUGAAGGAUGCUGGGAUCGUACCGCCAUGGGCACGUAAGCCGCCAGCAGUCCAGGAUCAAGGUGUAUCGCAGAAUGGCGAGACCGCUGUGUUGGACAGGGUGAGGUGGAGAGGACUUAUGGAAGAGAAGUACUGGGAGGUGGUGGUCUCUGCAGGACUGAUAAUUUUCAGUGUUCUGUUGUGGCUGUUUAGGAAAACUCUUCAAACCAAGCCGUAUGAGAUUUUGUAG